CGGAAAGCACAAUCCCACACGUUGAUAUCCCACACUCUUCACAUACCCCCGUAUCUGCUUCAUCAUGGCCACCAAGUUUGCUGAUCUCUCCAAGGGUCCCAAGGAUCUCUUGAAUGACGACUACACGUCUUCUGUCGUGCUCAAGGCCAAGAAGAACGCCGGACCUGUUGCCGUUACCAUCGAAACAACCCGCGGAGACGAUGGUGCACUCACGUCCAAGGUCGGCACUAAGUUCGCUUACGCUAAAUUCAACGUUGACAAGGGCCAGAUCAAGGCCGAUGGUGGCCGAGUCUUGGAGACAUCCCUGAAGGUUACACCGGAGGUCAAGCUUUCCUUUUUGGCUAGCAAAGGUGCUGACUUGGGAGUGGAUUACACCAAGGGCAACUUCUACGGAACCGGUGUUUUGGACGUUAUGGACAUGUCCUUGGUUAGCACGUCGGCUUGCUACGGUUUGAACUCGGGACUCAAAGUUGGCGGAGAUGCCGCCUACAACCUUUCCGGAAGCAAGGGUCUCAGUGGAUUCAACGUCGGUGCCUCAUACACCGCUGGACCGCUGUUUACCUCUCUCACGGUCUCCUCGAAAUCCGCCGCGACCAUUGGCCUUCUCUACAAGGUCAAUAGCGACCUUAUGCUGGCGUCUCAAACGGUCCAUACCUCAAACAAGGUCUGCGACGUUUUGGGAGUCGGUGCUGCCUUUAAGGCCCCUGUCGGUACCAUCAAGGCCAAGUUCAACAGCGGAGGUGUUGUGUCGGCCUGUUUGAUCAGGGAAAUUGCGCCGAAGGUUGUCAUGACGGCCUCGGGUUCCGUCACCGGUGCGGACUUUUCGACCUUUAAACCAGGUUUCCAGAUUGCCAUGUAAACAUGACGUGUAACGAAGAACAAAGUAUCGCAAUUGCGAUAUGAGAUUUUAAAAAUUGUGCGUUACGAAAUUGCUUUGAU